AUGGUCUUCCUCGUGUGUCUUGCAGCUCUUGUAGCACUGGCGGCUGCCAAUAACUUUGGCCAAAACAUCGCACAGAAUCGCCCCACCGGCUCCAGCAGUGUCUUCGUCAACGGUGUUCCUCCCCUCACCGCCAGUUCAAACCUCGCCGUCGACGGCAACUUCAACUCCAACUUCUUCUCCGGCUCGUGUUUCUCCAGCGAUGUUUCGGCAAAUGACCCCAACCCCUUCUGGUACGUGGACCUGGGGUCCCGCGUCUAUGUGUCCGGCGUCACCAUCACCAACAGAGGCGACUGCUGCGCUGACAGACUGAGUGGUUUGAGAGUUGAGGUUUUCGAGUUCAAUCCAACCACGAGCGCUGAGACACCUGAGCUGUGUGCAACAUUAAGUGGAGGAGUAGCCCUUGGUCAGUCAAUCGGCCUCGCAUGUUCUCCCUUGACCACUGGACGCUUCCUCCGAAUCAGCAAGCCCGGUGCCACAUCCCCACUCACACUCUGCGAGGUCGUUGUUUCUGGUGGCAAGUUUUACAUCGUAUUUCAUCUAAAGAUUCUAAACUUCCAGAUCCUUGUCAAUGUUCCACCACGCCCCCCUGUAUCUGUUGGCGCUAUUGUUAGCAUACCCAAAUAUUCCCCAACAACCAACAUCGCCCAGAAUCGUCCAGUGCGUGCUACUUCCCAGUUUAAUUUCGCUGCCACCAACCUGAUUGCCUCCCCUGGCCUCGCUGUGGACGGCAACUUCAACACCGACUUCGUCAAUGGAAGAAGCUGUUACUCUAGCGCCAUUGGUGAUUUAACUCCCACAUUAUACAUCGACCUCGGCGCCUACUACUACAUCAACUCCAUCAUCAUCACCAACAGGGGUGACUGCUGUGCCGAACGCCUGCGCAACAUCAACGUCAGUACACUCCUGAAAGACCCCUUCAGGUACCUCGAGUUCCCCAAACAGUGCGGCACCAUCACUGGCAACGUAGCUGCAGGAGCUGACGCCACCGUCAACUGCAACCAGCCUACCGUAGCCCGUUACAUCAAGAUCCAGAAGACUAGUAUGGUUGACAGCAACGAUCUCCUGACCCUGUGCGAAGUUCAAGUUACUGGAAGGUUCGCAUCCUACGUCGAGCUCACAAAGAAACCUGUUGACAACGACGUUGCUCAGGCUCUGGCUGCCAACGGGGUCUUUCCCAAUAAAGGAAACGUUGCUAUCCUACCAAAUGCUAAUCAAAUUACACCCGGGAGAGGUUUCUAA